CUCUACCCACAUUUUAAGUUCUCAUAAACAAAUCUCUUCCUAUUUUUUCACAAACUCCCCUGUUUUCCUCUGUUUUCUUCAAGCCAUGGUGGUCCUUGCAAACACACCAACAGAGCAAAUAUCCAUAAUAAAACCCCAAAAAGCCCAUGUUCAUUUCUCCAACAUCCCCAUUAUCGAUCUCUCAAAGCCCGGUUGUGAGAUAGCCAUUGUCAAAGCUUUGGAAGAUUUUGGUUUCUUCAAAGUAACCAACCAUGGAGUGUCUAAGGAGAUAAUGAGUAAAUUAGAAGCAGAGGCUGUUAAAUUCUUUUCUCUGUCUCAAGUUGAGAAAGACAAGGCAGGGUACCCUAAUCCUUGUGGAUAUGGGAAUAAGAGGAUUGGGGGUAAUGGGGAUUUUGGUUGGGUUGAAUAUCUUCUCUUUGAGAUAAAUUCUAAGCCCAUUUCUUCAACGUCUCUUGGUUUUCUUAGAGAACAUUGUGCAAGCUUGUUUUGCUCUGCUUUGAAUGAGUACAUAUCAUCAGUAAGAAAGUUAUCAAGCAAUGUUCUAGAGCUAAUGGCUCAAGGGUUAGGGAUCAAACAAAGAGAUAUAUUCAGCAAGCUUGUGACGAGCCAAGAAAGUGACUCAAUGUUCAGGCUCAACCACUAUCCUGCAUGUCCCUUGCUCAAAGAGCUCAAUUGCAAUUUAACUGGGUUUGGGGAGCACACAGAUCCACAGUUGAUCUCAAUAUUGAGAUCGAACAAUACAAAUGGGUUUCAGAUUGCUCUCAAGGACGGAGGAUGGCUCUCUGUUCCUCCUGAUGAAGGCUCUUUCUUCAUUAACGCCGGAGAUAUAUUGCAGGUCUUGACAAAUGGGAGGCUCAGGAGUGUGAAACACAGAGUAUUGACCAAUGGCUCCAAAGCCAGGGUCUCCAUGAUCUUUUUCGGAGGUCCCCCCCUCAAUCAAAUGAUUACACCUCUGCCCCAACUUCUCAAGGGAGAAGAGAAGAAGUACAUCGAUUUCACAUGGGCUGACUACAAAAAGGCUGCCUUUAAAUCAAGGCUGGCUGAUAACAGGCUAGCCCUUUUCGAGAGAGAAAUGACUCAUUAAUAUAACAGAGAGGAUUAAUACAUCUCGGUUGUAUCUGUAGCUUUUUCUAUUUUGGGAUGGUUUGUUGCUGAAAAAAAAACAGAGUCGUAUUCAUGCAGGUGAUCAAUGUUUUUGUAAC